AUGAAAGUAACGGAAGAAUUAGAUUGGGUUUUUUAUUUACACAAAGAACAUUUCUGUUUGAUAAGAAGAAAUAACAAAACCUUAGGCAUUAAAGAAAUAGAAGAUAAUUACGAUGAAAAUGUAUGGAGAACUUGUAUAGAUGAUAAAACGGUAACGCAAGUAUCACCUCUAAAACUAAACGUUUUUCCAACCAUUCACGAUGAUUGUUUAUACGCAUGGGAUUGCGAAACCUACAACGAAAAUAAAGCCAUACCUUAUUCCUGCACUUUAGUUAAUUUAGAAAAACUAAGGAAAAUGUUUAACAGAAUAAAUAAUCUCUUUCCAAAUUUAAAGCCGACAGAUCCCAUUCCAGAAGAAUUUUACAACAAACUCAUGACUAAUAUAGUAGAAAUAUUUGUAGGUACAGAUUGCAUCGAUCAAAUGUUACAACUUUUAGGAAAAAUAGAUCAGAAAAGAAUAACAUUAAUUGCUCAUAACGCUAGCGGUUUUGAUAACUGGAUCAUGAUCAAAAACGUAAAAAAACUAACACAAUGCCCUUUAAAAAUGCCCAGAGGAAUUCUGUCUCUACCUUUAACUAGUUCAUUCACUGAUGAAGAUUUACAGAAAAAAUGGAAAAGACAGAAAGAAAUAAAGGAUAAUUGGGAAUCUUUAAGACACGAAUGGGAACCUUACGCUAAAAGAGAUACGUUAUGUCUCGGAGCUUGUUUGAAAAAAUACAAUCAAGCAAUGAAAAAAACUGUCUUCCAAAACGUUUCCAAUAAUCUAACGGCUCCUUCUUUAUCUUUAAAGGGUUGGUAUUAUUUAUAUCAUUACGAUAAAGAAAUGGUUGAAGAAGAAUGGUAUGAAACUACUAGAAUGGUUCCAAAACACACUGAAAAAGAAAACGUAGAAAAAGUUUACUCACAUACUCACCCUUUUAUAAGAUAUUUUAUCAGACAAAGUAUUAAAGGAGGAAGAGUUUCGGCAAAUCGAAAAUCAUUUGAAACGAACAAAAUGGAUGAAAUUUGUAACGUAUUAAAGGAAUAUACAGAACUUGAAAGUAAUAACAUAAUUGAUUUAUUCAAAGAAUACUGUGUUAACCCAAAAGAUAAAACGGAAGUUCACGCUAAACUCAAAGAACUGGAGUAUUCUAAACUGAUGGCAUUUGACACUAAUGGGUUGUACGCUUCCGCCAUGACAGAAGGUGAAUAUCCUAAAGCAGAAAGUGCCAGAGCUUUUCGACUAGAGGAAAAUGAAAAAUUUGUCAAGCUUUUUAAUGAGCAAAAUUCAGACCUAGAACUGCUAUUUUAA